AUGUUGCCAAUUCCUAGCCUGUCGACAUUGGCGACUCUGGCCCUCGGGGCCUCUGCUGUUGUCGCCCAGAACUUGCAGCAGCGUCAGCCGAAUAUCGUCUUCAUCUUGACUGAUGACCAGAACGAACAACUCGGCUCUCUUGCCUACAUGCCAUCUGUCCAGAAGCAUUUUGUCAAGCAGGGGACACACUACCGCAAACAUUUUUGCACGAUUGCGAUUUGCUGUCCGUCUCGUGUCAGCUUGUUGACGGGCCAGGCGGCGCACAACACCAACGGCACAUAUGUCACUCCCCCUCACGGUGGCUACCCUAAGUUCGUUUCUCAAGGAUACAACAACAAAUAUCUCCCCGUCUGGCUUCAGGAUGCUGGCUACAACACGUACUACACCGGCAAGCUCUUCAACUCUCACUCCAUUGAGAAUUGGAACAACCCAUUCCCCAAGGGCUGGACUGGUAGUGACUUUCUCCUGGACCCCAACACGUACCUGUACUUGAAUGCGACUUUCCAGAGGAACCAGAGCCCGCCACAGACAUUCCCUGGCGACAAGCCCUUCUUCCUGGGUGUUGCACCAAUUGGUCCUCACAACAACGGACUUGGCGGCGAGACUAGCGCUGGUGCGACACCGCCCAUCCCUGCGAAAAGGCACGAGAACCUCUUCUCUAAUGUGACGGUUCCUCGUACUUACAACUUCAAUCCCGACAAGGGUGACAACUACUACCGCCGCCGUCUCCAAACGCCGCAGUCCGUUGAUGAAAUGGUCGACGCCGUCAUCAAGCGUCUCGACCAGGCCGGUGUCCUCGACAAUACCUACGUGAUCUUCACGUCUGACAAUGGCUUCCACAUCGGACAGCAUCGUCUCAAGCCAGGAAAGACUUGCGCCAUCGAAGAAGACAUCAAUGUGCCUUUCCUGAUUCGCGGCCCCGGCGUGCCAAAGGGCAAGACGGUGGACUUUGUCACAACCCACACCGACAUUGCUCCCACGAUUUUCUCGCUUGCCAACAUUACCCUGCGUGACGACUUUGAUGGGUCUCCUAUUCCCUUCUCUGAGAAUGGAAUCCAAAAGGCCCAGAAUGACCCCAAGCAUGACCACGUCAAUGUUGAGUGUUGGGGAACUCAACGUGGGUAUGACGCGUUCGGAGGUGUCUCUGCAAACAACACAUACAAGGCUAUGCGCGUUCUCGGAGACGGGUACAGCUUAUUCUACUCGGUUUGGUGUAGCAACGAACGCGAGUUCUACGAUAUGAAGAAGGACCCAGGUCAGAUGACCAACCUUGCCGGAAGCGCCUCAGGCCAGCUUCUCGAUCGUCCAUUUUCCGUCGUUCAAGACCGUCUCGAUGCCCUUUUGUUGGUCCUCAAGAGUUGUAAGGCCGAGAUUUGCAGGCUUCCAUGGAAGCACAUCCACCCAGAAGGUGGCCCCAAGAUCUCCUUCUCAGACUGCAAAGACUUUUACGACAUUGCUUCCGAGGGAGCACAGGACACAUUGGUUUACUACGACCCGUGA